UUUGUUUUUAACUUUGCCAGUGAUGCAGAAAAUUGGUUUUGUGAAUGCCCUGAACUCUACUCAGGAAGACUGUGCCAGUUCAUGACUUGUGAUGAAAGUCCAUGUGGAAAUGGUGCUACAUGUUUUCCAAAGUCCAGGCAAGACGUUGUUUGCCUUUGUCCAUAUGGAAGAUCUGGCAUCCUCUGCAAUGACGUUAUUAAUAUUACCCAGCCUAGUUUCAGUGGCACAGAUGUCUUUGGAUAUACUUCAUUCCUAGCUUAUUCUACGAUCCCAAAUAUCACCUUCUACUAUGAAUUCCACUUAAAAUUUCAGUUGUUGAACCACCACUCAGCUUUACAAGACAACUUGAUAUUUUUCACUGGACAGAAGGGCCAAGGUCUGAAUGGAGAUGAUUUUUUGGUGUUAGGCCUCUGUGAUGGCAGAGUAGUAUAUAGCUACAAUCUAGGUUCUGGCACAGCAACAAUCAUUAGCAAACCACUUGACCUGACACUCAAUAUUCAUGUCAUCCACCUUGGCAGAUAUCUCCAGAAAGGCUGGCUGAAGGUGGAUGAUCAGAAGAAUAAAACUAUCACUUCUCCUGGAAGGCUGGUUGGACUCAAUGUCUUCAGUCAGUUUUAUUUAGGGGGCUAUCAUGAGUAUAAUCCAGAACUCCUACCCAAGGGAUCCAGAUUUAAGAACGGCUUUCAAGGCUGCAUUUUUGAUGUGCAAGUUCGCACUGACGUGAAUCAGGAGUUCAAAUCACCAGGGACUCCAGAAGGUCACCCCAAUUCUGGUCGCAGUGUUGGGCAAUGUAAAGCUUCUCCAUGCAGUUUAAUAAAAUGCAGAAAUGGUGGGAAGUGCAUGGAAAGUGGCUCUACUGUUUAUUGUGACUGUCUGGCUGGAUGGAAAGGUGCAUUUUGCACAGAAAUGGUGACAGUAUGUGAUCCAGAGCAUGAUCCUCCACAUCUGUGCAAGCAAGGCGGUACCUGUGUGCCAUUGCCUAAUGGCUACAUGUGUCACUGUCCUCUAGGAACAAGUGGUACCUAUUGUGAACAAGAUAUUUCCAUUAGUGAUCCAUCUUUCCGAAGUAACGAAUCAUCAUGGAUGUCAUUUGCACCCUUUUACAUCCGACAUAAGACCCAUAUCAAACUUCAGUUUCAGCCUCUUUCUCCAGAUGGUAUCCUGUUUUACACUGCACAGCGUUUGGGUACUCAGUCAGGUGACUUUCUAUGUAUAUCAUUAGUAAAUGGAUUUAUACAGCUACGCUACAAUCUUGGAGACAAAACAAUUGUUCUACAGGCUAUUCAGAAGGUCCAUGCUGAUGGACAGACCUGGCAUGUACUCAGAGUAGGAAGAGUUGGUAAUGAAGGCUACCUGGAUCUGGAUGGCAUCAAUGUUACCCAUACAGCCAGUGCUGGGAUGAAUGUGCUGGACACGCACACAGAUUUUUAUGUUGGAGGGGUAUCUUCUCUAAAUCUUGUGAAUUCAAUGGCAACAGAAAAUGAACCCACAGGUUUCAGUGGCUGUAUACGAGAGAUUGUUAUAAAUGACAAAGAACUGAAGCUGACUGCGACGGAUCCCAAAGGUGGAGCUAAUAUUGGUGACUGUGACGGAACAGCCUGUGGAUAUUCAGUAUGCAAAAAUAAUGGAACGUGUCAAGUUGAAAGCUCGGGCUUUUCUUGUUCCUGCCCACAAGGAUGGAUAGGGAACACAUGUGAAGAAUCUAUUCACUGCUCACAGAACAGAUGUAGGUCUCAAGCUCUCUGUAUUCCCCAGCCCACUUUGCUUUCAUACACCUGUGUAUGUGCACUAGGCUGGUCAGGUAAGCACUGUGACAGCAAAAUCAGCUUUUUCACAGCAAAGUUUGUUGGUAAUUCCUACAUCAAAUACAUAGAUCCCCUUUAUGAAAAAAGAGACCUUCAGUACAGCCGUAUUUCUUUAAACUUUACUACCAAUCAAAUUGAGGGCUUAAUGGUGUGGCUGGGAAAAGCUGAAGAUGAAGACAAUGAUUUCCUUGCCAUUGGCCUCGCCAAUGGAGCAUUAAAAGUUGUGAUUAAUCUUGGAGAAAGAAUCUCUGUUCCAAUGAUUCAUAGCAAAGAUUUCACCUGUUCUGAUGAAAGAUGGCAUUUUGUUACCGUAAUUCAAAAUCAAACGUGUGUGAAGGUGUAUCUUGAUGAGGAGCUAAUUAUUUUUGAAGAUAUCGAUCCACACAGAAAAUACACUGCUUUAAACUAUGGUGGAAUUUGUUAUUUUGGUGGAUUUGAAAUUGGCAGAGAAGUCCGUAUAGUCACUGUAGGGCUCUUUCAGAAGGAAUUCAUUGGUAAAAUGAAAGACAUUGCACUCUUCCAAGAUUCUAAAAAGAUUCAGCUCAUGAAAGGAGAAGGCUAUAAUGUUCAUACUGGAGAUCAUAGAAAUUAA